ACAGAUAAUUAGUUUAUUUAUUUAUUUUUAUAAAAUAGCUGGACGUACCAUUAAUUAGAUUAUUCUCCAACAACAAAAGUUGAAAACUUUUGCCUUCUCUUUUAUCUCCCUUAAUCGUUGGGGUGACCUUUACCAAAUCGGUGUCCUUGCAAAGACGGACAUCCCAUCAUCAUCUUCCAUCUUCUUCUCUUUUCCCUGAGUCAAAUUCUUUACUUUAUUGUUUCAAAAGAAAAAAAAAAAUUUCUUUACUUCAUCGAACGUUCAUCUACCGGCGUCAAGGGCUCUUAAUUUUCACUUCUCUUUCUCUCUCCUCAAGGCUAUUCCGUGGGACUGUGUAAAGGAAAUGGCAGCAGAGGAGCAUACUGAUUUAUCAGUUUCAAAGCCUCGGCUAGGUGAAAGAAAUGCAAUGUGGAAGGAGGAGAUGGAAAGAUGUGAAUCCCAAGUUGAUGCAUUGCAAGUGAAAUGUAUGGAGGUAAAAGCCUCUAUUGCUGGGUCUGAAGUGGAGGCUGAUAACGAGUUGGAUAUUUUAUUACGUAGAGUGAAAACAGCGGCAACUUUAUUGACCUAUUUGAAGACUAGAGCACGAACAAUGGCGGUUCCGCACUUAGCACAGGCAUCUUGUGGGAUAAAGCAGCUGGAAGGGAUAGGGUUUGUUGACAAGGACGGAAUUCCAUUAUCUAGUUGGUCUAAAUAUAUUGAUAUUUUAUCUUUUGAUGGCCUUGGUGACGUAACAUUUACCGGAACGAGUGACCAAAGUGGUCUUGUUUGUGAUAAAGAUGGAGCCUAUGUGUGUGAUCUAUUAAAAUCUGUGCAUAUGGUCACAAAUGUGAUGGAAACUUUGGUUAAAAGGGUCCUAAUUGCAGAGUCUGAAACUGCUAUUGAGAAGGAGAAAGUAAACUUCAGUCAAGAAGAAAUUAAGAAGAAGGAAACUCAACUUGAAAGCAUGACUUUGAAGUUGGAGGAGAUGGAAAGAUUUGCUUUUGGAACGAACUGUAUUUUGAAUGAGAUGAGGCAGAGAGUUGAAGAUUUGGUUGAAGAGACAUCUAGGCAAAGACAAAGAGCUGCAGAAAAUGAGCAGGAACUUUCUCGCGUAAAGCGUGAUUUUGAGUCUCUGAAAUCAUAUGUCAGUAGUCUCAUCAGUGUUAGAGAAACACUCAUUUCGUCUGAGAAACAAUUCCAAACUAUUGAAAAGCUCUUUGAACGGCUGGCUGCUAAAACAACCCAAUUGGAGGGGGAAAAAAUGCAAAAAGAAGCUGAAGUACAGAAACUGAUGGAUGAAAAUGUGAGGUUGCAUGCUUUAUUAGACAAGAAAGAAGCCCAGCUAUUGGCCAUGAAUGAACAAUGCAAGGUGAUGGCCCUGAAUGCUUCUAAUAUCUAGACUUAGGGCAAUCACAUGUCUCCAAUUUGUGUGGUUUGCUUUCUUUAUUCUGUAACAUUGUACAGCUGCUUAGCUCUAUUGUUGAAGCAGAGCUGAGCGCCGGGAAAUCCUUCGAUUUGAACUGCUGUGGCAUUUUAUGUAGCAUGGUGGAGGAGCUGCCAAAAUUGUACUCUAGUGAAUCGACUGUUGUAACCAAUGAAGUGGAUUAUUCAUUCAAUCAAUGAUGCCAGAAGGCUUUUAUCCUGCGAUGUUUAUUUUGCAAUUAAUUAGGGAAA